GCGCCCCCUCGCCAAGCAGUUGUCGUUCUGUCAACAUGGGAAAGCCAACGCUCUACGGCUUGGACGGCAGCCCCCCCGUGCGCGCCGUCAAGCUAACGCUGGCCGCAUUGCAGCUGCCGUACGAUUAUACCGUGGUCAAUACCUUGAAAAUGGACCAGUUCUCCGAGGAAUAUCUGAAGAAGAAUCCGCAGCACACGGUGCCCAUGCUGGAGGAUGAAGGGGCCUGCAUAUGGGACUCGCAUGCGAUAAUGGCGUAUCUGGUGGGCAAAUACGGCAAGGACGAUUCGCUGUAUCCCCAGGAUCUGCUCAAGCGCGCUGUCGUCGAUCAGCGCCUGCACUUCGAGGGCGGCGUCGUGUUUGCCAGUGCUCUGCGCAGCAUCGCAACAUUGGUUUUCCACUCGAAGCCGGUGCCCAAGGAGCGCAUUGAAGCCAUUGUCGAGGUGUACGAUUUCAUGGAAGCCUUUCUCCAGGAUCACAGCUACAUUGCCGGCGAUCAGCUGACCAUUGCCGACUUCAGUCUCAUCUCCUCGAUCAGCUCCGCGCUGGUCUAUGUGGACAUCGAAGCCGUUAAAUAUCCCAAGCUGAGCGCAUGGAUCAAGCGCUUGGAGCAGCUGCCCUACUAUGGGGAAAAUGCCAAAGGGGCAGAGCAAUAUGCAGCUUUUAUUAGAAGUAAAAAUUAUACAGUAAUUGACUAAGCGAGCGGUUAUCGCGUCGAACUAGCAAUCGAGAAGUUGCCGGUUCAACAGCAUUUGUUCGUUUUGAGUUUUUUUAUUUAUUUUGUUUUUAUCAAUUCAGCAUUAAAAGACACUUUUUUUGCUUUUUGUAUUUUUAAAUUUUAAUUAUUUAAUUAAUUCAAAGAAAACCCAUCAACAACA